GAACUCACUUGUAAUUAUCACAUGCUGCCUAAACAGCUGUCAGACACCAGAAGCAGCAGUGAUCGAGAAUUGUUGCAUCAUUCUUCUUCACGUCCCGCAAAUCCUAGAAGUUUCAAAAGACACUACACACCAUAAACACCAUUCGAGAAAUAUUGUUAUUCAGAUUUCUUAACUAUGGUUAGCGCUCCGAGACUCGAGGAAGGUAGUGGCGACAAGCUAGCUCGCAAAGCAAAGGAAUCUCCCUUCAUGCCCAUCGGUCUUGCGGGACUGGCGAUGGUCUGUGGAGUUGGAGCGUAUAAGUAUAAGAACCGUGGAACGAUGUCCACUUCGGUUUUCCUAAUGCAGCUCCGAGUUGCCGCCCAGGGGACAGUGGUGGCAGCCCUCACCAUUGGGCUGGCCUAUACGAUGGCAAAUGAAUAUUUGUUUAAGAAGAAAGGCGAUGAAUAAGUGAAACGUAUCAUGCGAUUUCUCGUUUGCACGAGUCAGCAAUUAUGUCAUUGAGAGAUGUACACAAGUAUUACACAACUCUAGGCAAAUUUAAUAUAUUUAUUGUUAUCCUCGUUCGUUGUUGUCGGAAAAAAACCUUGAUUCGUCCGUGCUCUCCUUCUAGUAGUAGAUUAUAGUAACGGAUAAGUAACAAGUGAUAGAACAACUCAUUGUAAGCAAAGAUAUUUAUGUUAUGUCUAAAGCUCCCUGGCGCUCAAACGGUACACUAAUAUGAUUGUCACUUAAAUGGUGCUGAUAUUCACGAUAAAAUAUACUUCGCAAAAAUAGUCUUAUGGGAUCAGUUAUGUGUGAGAAAGUUUAUAUCGUUUUAAUUAACAGUUCCAGUUUGUUUAUUGCAUAUAAAAUAAGUCGCACCUAGCGAACCGGGGCUAAUGUAUAUAGGAACGUUUGACAAAUAAAUGUGAAUCAAGCCGA